UCCAAAUAGUUUGUUGUGUUUUUAUUAAAAUAAGAAACUCCGACAAAAAUGAUUUGAUUUUGUAUAAAAAAUUUUGAAGUAGUUUGUCGGGAUACUUUUUCAUUCUCUGGAUUCAAUCCUUGCGCACAGGGGUAUGUAUUUUCUGAUAAAACCAGCUAACUAAUAAAGGUAUGACUCAGUAACACUUAACAAGCCAGCGCAAAAUGUGGGACUUCUUUGGUGCUUACCUCAACAUAUGGAUUAUAUGUUUAUUUUAUGAUACGUACUUAUCAGUAAGUGGAGCAAAGCAAUACGAUCCAUUGGCAAACUGUUCCGAAACUCAGGCCGGAACAGUUUAUCUUACCGCCUGCAACCUCACCCAGUUGGAUCCACACCAUUUCGAAGAUCAUGGAUAUUUGACAACAUUGGUGAUGAGCCACAACCGGCUGUUUCAUUUCCCACGCGAUCAAUCACCGUUUCUUUACCAUCCGACUAUGUUACAAUAUUACUGCAACUUCUGUGGCAUAACGGACAUCUACGAACUAACGUUUUCCGAAUUGAGACAACUCAAGAUAUUGAGUCUUCAAGGUAAUCAAAUCAAGCAUAUUCCUUCCAGCGCAUUCAACUUCAAUUGGAUUGAAGUUCUGAAUUUGGCCGAUAAUCAAAUCCAAAGGUUCAACCAUCGACAUCAAUUAGAAACCAUGCAGCAUUUGUGGAAGUUAAAUAUCAGUGACAAUCGUGGAUUUGAAUUGAAUGAGCUGUCAAUGGAUUUUCGUGAGUUAAGCUGGUUAGACUGUAGUAACUGUGGACUGCAGUUUCUGUCGGCAGAUUGGUUUCGGCAGGUGGGAAAACUUAAAAAAUUGUUCCUUGACAAAAACGAGAUCAAAGAAAUUCCAAGCAAGUGCUUCUCUGAAAACAAUAAAUUAAAAAGUGUUGUACUUAAUGGGAAUCCGAUUGCAGAGAUAGAUUUUGAGAAUAACAACCUAGAGAGUUUGUACUGUAGAGGUUGUAACUUGAAGAUAGUUGACGAAUGCACAUUCAGAGACAUGCGAAAUUUGAAAAUACUAGAUUUGAGUUACAAUGGACUCAGAAGCGCGGAGGAAAAUUCUUUUAUGCUCAAUACUGCUUUGAAGAUCGUGAUAUUGGAUUAUAACAAUUUGACAAGUUUCUCAGUUGAGCUGUUGAGAAGUUUACCAUCGCUUCAGAUAUUGUGUGUCGAUUACAACCGUUUUCAUUUAAAUGAACAUGUGACUAGAUUUAAGAACUACUACGAUGCAUUAGGUCUGCGACAAAACUGUACUGCAAUCGAUCCAAUGGAUCAAUUCGAGCAUUUCUUGCCUGACGCCGUGCUGGACGGAGAAGUGUUUUAUCCAAAUGAUUUUCCUUUAUGUAGUAGUGAGCAAAAUCUAUCAUUCCGAAACAUUGCGUGGAUCCAUCCGAUGAGAUAUGCUAACUGCCCGGACUUGUUGGAUCUUAAUAUGGAUAAUAAUAGUAAGUACAUGUUCCCAAAAGGAAGGCAUUUUUUGCACAGCAAUUCGCUAAAAUCAUACUCUUGUCUUCAUUGUGCAAUUGACGUUAUUUAUCCCGAAACAUUUGAGAAAUUGCCGGAACUAAAAUUCAUUGCUUUAGGAAACAAUCAUUUAAAACAAAUUUUAUCAUUAGAUAUAUUAACCUCCGUUCGAAAGUUAGAAACUAUUGGUCUUGCAAACAACAAUAUGAACCUACUACCAUCAGAGCUGUUUAUUGGCCAUAAAUCGCUAAGCAAGAUAGACGUAAGUAACAAUGGGCGUUUGUGGCACACGUUCAAGUUGCCUUUGCUGGAUCAGUUUUGGGUAACAUCCCUUUUGGCGUCAAACUGUGGCAUCGACCGAGUUAGAUCAAUUACGUUCAGUUUAAUGCCAUCUUUACAAGAAUUGCACCUCUCCGGAAAUCCAAUUACGACGGUAGAACCAAACGCAUUCCAGAACAACGAGAAGCUUCUAAAAUUAUUACUAGACAAUACCCAUUUGAGAGUGCUCUCACCAGAGACUGUUGAAAACCUGGGUCAAUUGAGAAUUUUAUGUAUGUUUUCGAUGCCUCACUAUUGCCACGAUGACUUCAAAGAAAGCAACACUCGAUUGGGAGUAUUUAUGAGACAUAAGAAGCUAUAUUGCUCAGAAGGAGAAGCCUUCGUGAAAGAUUUGUUGGCAAACCUUAAUGUCGAGGAAUAUGGGGAGACUACGAACAGUGGUACAGUUCCCUAUGACAGGAAAGGUGUGGCAAAUGCAAUUUUAUGUUGCUUUAUCAUCAGUUUGCUGAUUUUCUCGAGUAAAUGUACAAGCAUAUCAAACUGAUAUUCUGUUAUCAGAGCUGAAACUUGAUUUUCCAGUCCCUUGCCAAAAUAAGACGUAAAGAAUACUUUCAGUCUCCGGUCAUAAAAUCCAGUCUGACUCUGAAUCCCAAAUUCUGGGACCAAAAUCUACAUGACUUUAAAAGAAUGCAAAGUCUACGUUCGUUUAUUUUGUAUUAUCUACUAGUGAAAACCACUUAUAAACUUUAAUGAAACCCGAAACUGUUUUAUUUUUGUAGAAAUGUAGAUGUGUAGAAAUGAAUGUUUUAUGAAGAAGUGAAUAUUUUUAAGCGUUGUAGUGAAAUUAUAAAGACACUGAAGCAUUCCAAUUGAUUCCAAAAUUCAGCAUUUAAAAAAAUGUUUGUCUUAAUCUAGAAAAUUUAUCAUAGAAAUUUAAGACUACCCAGGUAAUCAACAAGCAUUGAAGUAAGUACUAUAGCAGCAUUAAACUAUAGCAGCAUUAUUGCAUUGUAUAUUCUGUAUAUAAGCAUUUAGAAAAACUGGCUGUUCUAAAUAAGCAUUCUCAAAGCAAUCAUGAGAGCCAUAGUCUUAUAAGUAAUAGUAUUUUGAGCGCACAGUGUUGUUAUUCGUGAAGUGCAAUGAAAAAGCUACAUAAGUGCCACUUUAAAGCAUUUAAUGGUCAUACGUUGGAUGUUUUCCAAUAUGAAACCAUAUACAAUUGGACAAUCUUUAGAACUAAUAUUAGGUUAUUCCUUUUCAACGGCUCAACAUUAGGGUAGCGGCAGGAGUGCUUGUCGUCAGUUUUGGUAAAAUCACUCAUAAAUCUCAAUCAACGAGCCCUCCCGUACAAACGAAAUCGUCUGCGAUUUUGAAGGGAUGCAUCACGCCUGAAUUUUUCAUGCUGAAACGCAUCAUUUUACUCAUUAGCCAAAAAAUCAUUUUGGUUCAAAAACGCAUUUGAAAUCAAUUUGGGGGCAAUUUAUUGCUUCUAUAGGGGAAGUUGGAGAGACUUGAUCCCCGGGGAGACUUGAUCACCCUUUGUUUUAUCGAAAACUAAAGUAGUUUUUGUCGUGUCCUCAGGAGACGGCUGCAUCCGAAUCAGCCGUCUCCAGCUGCUGCUCGAUCCGCAGCAGCUCCGAAGCACUACUGCUUCCCGCGAAAUACAUCACAAAACUGGAUGCUCACUUCGUUCAACUGUCACCUCUCGCAUCUAGUACUCAUGACUAUAUGCCCUCUUAUUCAGUCAAUAUAUUUACUCAUACCCCUCUCAAUCCCUACAUCUUCCUCCUGCUCUACUAUUUUACAAUUUUAUUAUUAUUAUUUUGCUCUGCUUUAUAAUGCCCAAGAACAUCAAUCUUACACCAAAUACAGAAAAAAAAUCAUCAACAAUAUUCUAGGCAAAUCCUUGCAUACAAGUUCUUACUAUCUGUUUACAUUUUCUAACACUGAACUCAAGUCAACCACUGAUUUCGGCGAUUUCGAAAUGCAGUCAUGGAAAGAGUAUAUUGUCACGACCGUCCUCUGACAUCUCCAUGCUCUGCAUAUCCGUGCUCGGUCCGGCUUACUGUAGUGAGAAAACUCUUAAAAACUCACUGCAGUAGCGCUCGAGGAAUGAGCUACGAUGCGGAUGGCUUGUCAGCUGCUGCUUCUAGCUGAUGGGUCGGAAUGGCUCGACGGGUGAACCUCGGUUCAGCUGGCUUGCCGACUGCUGGGCUGGUUGCGCCCCGUUCGGCUGGUUUGCCGGCUGCUUGGUUUGAUGCGCCUCGGCUCGCUGGCUGUUUGACGUCUACUGCAGUGAGGAAACUCUUAAAAACUCACUGCAGUAGCGCUGUGAGAUGAGCUACGAUCCGGCUGGCUUGCCGGCUGCUGCUUCUUGCUGAUGGGUCGGAAUGGCUCGACGGAUGAGCUUCGGUUCGGCUUGUGGAAAACCGAAAUAAGUCAGAAAGGAACCACCUAGGCAGAUGCCUCGUGUCUUACCUCUCCGAUGGUUGACAGUCGAAUGUGACAUGUUGGCUUGAUGCCUGUGCGAGCCUGCUAUGAUGGUUCUCGAAGUGAGUGUUCGACACGCAAUAGUGAGUAGCAGAUAAUAUGCUUGUUCUACACUAGAACGUAACAGCUCUUUCACACCCACACACGGCUGGCUUGCCGACUGCUGGGCUGGAUGCGCCCCGUUCGGCUGCUGCUUCGAUUCGGCUGGCUUGCCGGCUGCUCGUGGAAUGAGCUACGAUCCGGCUGGUUUACCGGCUGCUGCUCCGAUUCGGCUGGCUUACCGACUGCUGGGCUGGAUGCGCCCCGUUUGGCUGGCUUGCCGGCUGCUGCUCCGAUUCGGCUGGCUUGCCGGCUGCUUCGCUUGGUUCGCUGGCUGGACGUCUACUGCAGUAAGGAAACUCUUAAAGACUCACUGGAGUAGCGCUCGUGGAAUGAGCUACGAUCCGGCUGGCUUGCCGGCUGCUGCUUCUUGCUGAUGGGUCGGGAUGGCUCGGUUCGACUGCUUCCUUCUAGCGCUCCUACGAUGUGCACUCGUUGACGUUCGUCGUAAUUCUCCGCGAUGCUCUGCAGCGCAUGCAGUUUUAUAGGCAGUAAUCUUCUUCUUUUUCUUUUUCAUUGCCAUGAAUGACGUGUAUAGCAAUAAGGGACAUCGCACAGUAACAAUGGGCGGUCGUUUUUUUUAAUCGAUAAAAACUGCAAUUUAUCAAUUAAAAUUUGUUUCAAUAAUUUCAAAAUAAUUCCUUUCUUCUUUUUUUUGAUUCUGCUUUUAUUUAUAUUGUUCAUUAUGGCCAAUGACGCUACAUAUAUCAGGCUCAGGAACAUCAAUCUUGCAUCAAAACCAGAAAUAGCUCUUCAACAAUAUUCUACGCAACUCUUUUCUGACAUGUUUCUCUCUUUGUUUACAUUUUCUAACACUGAACUCAAAUCAACUACUGAUCUCGGAAUGCAGUCAUAGAUAGAGCUUAUAAGGCUCUAGAACAGCAAUCUCUCAUCAAAAUCAGAAACAAAUCAUCAAUAAUAUUCUACGCUAGUAUUUGCUUACAUGAUCUUACUCUUUGUUUACAUUUUCUCAAAUGAAACAUAAUAAACCAAUGAUCUCGGAAUGCAGUCAUGGAUAGAACUUACCAGCCUCUAGAACAUCAAUCUUGCAUCAAAAUCAGAAACAAAUCAUGAACAAUAUUCUACGCAACUCAUUGCUUACAUGUUUCUAUCUUUGUUCACAUUUUCUAAUACUGAACUCAAGUCAACCACUGAUCUCAGAAUGCAGUCAUGGAUAGAACUUACCAGGCUCUAUAACAUCAAUCUUGCAUCAAAAUCAGAAAUAAAUCAUCAACAAUAUUCUAGGCAACUCAUUGCUUACAUGUUUCUCUCUUUGUUCACAUUUUCUAACACUGAACUCAAAUAAACCAAUGAUCUCGGAAUGCAGUCAUGGAUAGAACUUACCAGGCUCUAGAACAUCAAUCUUACAUCAAAAUCAGAAAUAAAUCAUCAACAAUAUUCUAUGUAACUCAUUGCUUACAUGUUUCUCUCUUUGUUUACAUUUCUAACACUGAACUCAAGUCAACUACUGAUCUCGGAAUGCAGUCAUGGAUAGAACUUACCAGGCUCUAUAACAUCAAUCUUGCAUCAAAAUCAGAAACAAAUCAUGAACAAUAUUCUACGCAACUCAUUGCUUACAUGUUUCUCUCUUUGGUUACAUUUUCUAACACUAAACUCAAAUCAAUCACUGAUCUCGGAAUGCAGUCACGGAUAGAACCUACCAGGCUCUAGAACAUCAGUCUUGCAUCAAAAUCAAAAACAAAUCAUCAACAAUAUUCUACGCAACUAUUUGCUUACAUAUUCAUACAUUGGUACCCUCUCGGGGGAAUGAUUGUUAACCCUCUCGGGGGAAUUAUACACUGAGGACAGAGCCGCCUCGCAGCUUAGUGUUCGUUAAGCACUUCCACAGUUAUUAACUACGAGGUUUCUAAGCCAGGUUACCAUUUUUGCAUUCGUAUAUCAUGAGGCUAGCACGAUGAUACUUUUAUGCCCAGGGAAGUCGAGACAAUUUCCAAUCCGAAAAUUGCCUAGACCGGCACCGGGAAUCGAACCCAGCCACCCUCAGCAUGGUCUUGCUUUGUAGCCGCGCGUCUUACCGCACGGCUAAGGAGGGCCCCAUAUCUGUGCAAAUAACGAUGACCAGUCGAUAAAAUGAUUGUAUUGUUUUUGAUUUUCAAGUUAGAAGUAACAUUAUUGGAGAAACAGCUUGUUUGCAAUAGUUUGAUGCGCUUUCAUUCAAAAAAAUCCGUGAAAAUUUGGCAGAAUUCCUGUCAUUGUUUUUGAUUUCUAUGAAAGCGGGAGAGAAUAAUAUGUAAAUAUCGCGUGACCUCUCUCAAUGAAAUGAAAAUCUCAGUACUGGUAAAGAUACGUUUUGAGGCGUAUGGGGCGUUGAAUUUUCGUGAAGUUUUGUUUUAUUUAUUUUAACCUAAACACAUUUUAGAAAUUGAACGUAAUUUUUUUUUUAACUGAAACAACAUUAAAGCAAUUUAUAUUGAAUAUUUAUUUUUUAAAUUCAAAUCAAAUUUUUACAAUGAAAGUCAAACGUUAAGAUUCACACCUUAACAAAUUAAAAACCCAACUUAAUUCACCGAGUAGUGAUACUGCCUUUCUCGCAUUUAGCCAAGACACCAACCUUAUAUGGUGCUAAUAUGGUUCAAUGUACCAUUUUCUUUAUAACUUUUAAGCCCAACGGUUGAUCGUUAUCAAACACAAUAGUGAUCAACUAGGCUUUGCCCCCUGUCGAAUGAAACUUGUUGCGAGAAGAUCGGUUGAGGAUUACUAUAUGAAAAGUUGUCUAAUAUUUUUCGUAGCUUUUGUGCACACACAUACACACAUACAUACACACGGACAGACAGACAUUUGCUCAGCUCCUCAAGCUGAGUCAAUUGGUAUAUAAUACUAUGGAUCUCCGAAGCUCCUAUAAAAAGUUCGUUUUCGUAGUGAAAUGAUAGUCUUUCGGUACAGCUUUGUUGUACGAGAAAGGCAGAAAAAAAAUCAACAGAAAUUCAUUAGAAUAAAUAAAAUCAUAGAGAAAUAUUUGUUUUUUUUUUGCGACACAUAAUGAAAAGUUAUAUUUAGGCCUAUUGACUACUUUAGGAUUUUGGAAUAUCUAACAUUAAUUGAAAGAGAAAUAUUACCAGCAAUAUAAAAUUUUUCUAUUGCUCAUUUCGUAAGACGUUACGAAUUGAGUAAAAGAAAAUAUAUAUACACACCAAGCAUAGCUAAUAAAAAAACACUACAAGCUCCACAAAUAAAAUAAUGAAGUAAUGAAACAGCAUGUGAGAUAAUGGCAAAAUUAAAAUGAAUAAGCACGAUAUAAAAGAAAGAAAAAAUAAUUGGAGAUAAAGUAAUGCAAGUCAAUCAAAAUAGAAGAAAAAUUGAUUAUUUUUUGCUAAUAGUACAAUAGUACACAAAAAUAGAAUUAUUAAAAUGUAAUAAAAAGGAAAAAUAAAACUUUUCUUCCUUUUCAGGGGUAAGGGACGGAAAUAUGUUUGUAAAUAAUCAUACGUUGAAGAUAACCCUUUCUACAGAACCAUCACAAUCGUAAAUUACAUCAUUAUGUUAAACGACUAAAGAAAAAAAAUUACACACCAUUUUUGAAGAACUUUAUGACAAUGUAGAAAAUAAGUUGUAUGAAUUUGUAUUAACUUUUCCAAUUUUUGAGAAUAGCUAAGCUAUUCUUCCAAAGGGGGUAGUUGUGGCAUCCCGCUACUAUUCCAAAUUCCCCAUAAUUCAUUUUAUCUUAAUUGGUGAUCCGCAAUAAAUCAUUCAUAUUGUUCAAGCUAUCCAUGCGCAUCUACGCAGUGGCGUAGCCACGGAAGGGGGGGGGCAUCUGCGUUACAUAUGUGUAAUUAAUUCACGGUCGAAAAACGGCACCGAUUGAUAGUUGUGUUUGCUGCGCUUUUGGGUUAUUCCAAAUAUUGUGACACCUGUGUUCAAGGUAGAGUAAGCAUAUAGAAUAUAGCAAUAUAGCAUAUAGCAACUAGACUUUAAAUAGGCAAAGAAAUAAGAUUCUAUAUUUA